AUGACAUUGACAGUUGAUAAUACUUCGUCAAAUGAUACUGCCAUUGCUUAUUUGAAGAAGCGUUUUAAGCAUGGAUUGGUGUUAAAUGAUAUUAAUGAUUCAUUGGUUCUAAUUCGAGAUGCUGUGAGGUUUGUUAGAUCUUCUCCUGCUAGACUUGUCACAUUUAAGAAGUGUAUCAAAGAGGAGAACAUAGAUAGUAAAAGUAUGUUGUGUCUUGAUGUUCCAACUAGAUGGAAUUCUACUUAUUUGAUGCUUGAGCCUACUAUAAAAUUUGAAAAGGCAUUUGAGAGGUUAGAAGACUACGACACAGUCUACAUGAAUGAGGAGAAAAAAUCAACCACCAGGGAUUGGGAAAUUGCGAGAAUAUUUACCAAAUUCUUGUCUUUGUAUGUUUGCCAGUCCUUUGGUAAGCAUACCUACAAACAAGGUCUCACGAUUUGCAAUACAGUCUUCCAUGAGAUUAGUAUUGUUCAGAAUUGUAUAAAAAAAUAUUCAAGUGCAACUGGUCCUAAUGAUGUGCUUUUGCAAGAAAUGGCAAUGAAAAUGCAAGAAAAGUUUGAUAAGUAUUGGGGAAAAAAAGAUAGAAUAAAUUUAUUCUUGUAUGUUGCCUUUGUUUUAGACCCUCGUUAUAAGAUUAAAUUUAUUUUUCAUUGCCUAAAUCAAUUAUUUGAUGUUGAUGUGGCAAAAGCCAUAGGAAGUAAGGUAGAGGGUGUUUUGAGAGCAUUGUUCAAUGAAUACAAUUUGUUACUAUCAGUUGCUAAUAAGGGUCAAUCUUCAUGUACCAUUAAAAGUUCUCCAUUUAGAACGACAAGUGCAAGUGUUUUAAAGAUUUUUCAUUUUGAUUUUGAUGAUUUGGAUGAAGAUGAUUCGCAAAGUGUGGAUUCAGAAGUUGAUAUUUAUUUACUGGAGCCUCGUGUUAAACGUGAAGAUAACUUUGAUGUCUUAGAUUGGUGGAAGGGGAAUUCUUCUAGAUAUAAGAUUCUUAGAAAAAUUGCUCGAGAUCUUUUAGCAGUUCCGAUAUCCACAGUUGCUUUUGAGUCUGCAUUCAACACUGGUGGGAAAGUAAUUGAUCCUUUUCGUACCUCAUUAUCUCCAACCAUUGUUGAGGCACUUGUAUGUGCGCAAAAUCAGUUACGUUCUGAACAAAUUAGCAUUGGUUUACGACAAUACUUGGAGGAAAUUGAAGAUGAAGAGGAAGUUUUCAUAACGGGAUUGAACGAAGCGACAAAUGCACAAAACAAGGAGAAGGAGAAUCAUGAUUGA